AUGGGUUACGGCGAGAUCGAUCAGAAGGCUAUCAACACCAUCCGUGUCCUCGCGGCCGAUGCGACCGCUCACAGCAACUCGGGACACCCUGGUGCUCCCAUGGGAAUGGCCCCAGUUGCUCACGUUCUGUUCAACAAGUUCAUGAACUUCAACCCCAAGAACCCCGACUGGUUGAACCGUGACCGUUUUGUCCUCUCCAACGGACACGGCUGCAUGCUCCAGUAUGCUCUCCUCCACCUCUUCGGUUACGACCUCAGCAUCGAUGACCUCAAGGCUUUCCGAUCAGUUGACAGCCGCACUCCCGGUCACCCCGAGGCUCACGACACCCCCGGAAUUGAGGUCACCACCGGUCCUCUUGGUCAGGGUAUCUCCAACGCUGUUGGUCUGGCUAUUGCCCAGGCUCACACUGGCGCCGUCUUCAACAAGGACGGUUUCGAGCUUGUUAACAACUACACCUACUCCUUCCUCGGCGAUGGCUGUUUGAUGGAGGGUGUCUCCAGCGAGGCUUGCUCUCUGGCUGGUCACCUCCAGCUCGGCAACCUCAUUGCCAUCUGGGACGACAACCAGAUCACCAUUGACGGUGACACCGCUGUCGCCUUCACCGAGAACGUCCCCAAGCGAUACGAGGCUUACGGCUGGCACGUCAUCAAGGUCGAGGAUGGUGACCACGACCUUGCUGCCAUCGAGGCUGCCAUCAAGGAGGCCAAGUCCGUCACUGACAAGCCUUCUCUUAUCCAGCUCAAGACCACCAUUGGUUACGGCUCCAACAACCAGGGCACCCACGGUGUCCACGGUUCUCCCCUCAAGGCUGACGACAUCAAGCAGCUGAAGGAGAAGUGGGGCUUCAACCCCGAUGAGAGCUUCGCUGUUCCCCAGGAGGUCUACGACUUCUACGGUAAGCGAUCCUCCGAGGGUGCCGCCCGUGAGCAGGAGUGGAACCAGCUCCUCGCCAAGUACAAGGAGCAGUACCCCAAGGAGCAUGCCGACCUCGUCCGCCGACUGACCGGCGAGCUUCCCGAGGGCUGGGAGAAGAGCCUCCCCGUCUACACUCCCGCCGACCCCGCCAUUGCCUCCCGAAAGCUGUCUGAGACCGUCCUCAGCAAGGUCGAGAGCGUCAUUCCUGAGCUCUUCGGUGGUUCUGCCGAUUUGACUGGCUCCAACUUGACCCGAUGGAAGGAGGCUGUCGACUUCCAGCCCAAGUCCACCGGUCUCGGUGACUACUCCGGCCGAUACGUCCGAUAUGGUGUCCGUGAGCACGGUAUGGGUGCCAUCCUCAACGGUCUGGCUGCCUACGGUACCAUCCUCCCCUACUCCGGUACCUUCUUGAACUUCGUUUCUUACGCCGCCGGAUCUGUCCGUCUGUCUGCCCUCUCCCGCAUCCGCACCAUCUGGGUCGCUACCCACGACUCCAUCGGUCUUGGUGAGGAUGGUCCUACCCACCAGCCUAUCGAGACCCUUGCUCACUUCCGAGCUCUCCCCAACACCAUGGUCUGGCGCCCUGCCGACGGUAACGAGACCAGCGGUGCUUACUACGUCUGCUUGACUGCCAAGCACACUCCUAGCAUCAUUGCUCUGUCUCGUCAGAACCUUCCCCAGCUUGAGGGCUCUACCAUCGAGAAGGCCGCCAAGGGUGGUUACGUCUUGAGUGAGGUUGAGGGUGCCGAUAUCACCCUGGUUGCUACCGGUUCCGAGGUUUCCAUCGCCGUCGACGCCGCCAAGUACCUCCAGGAGCAGAAGAACAUCAAGGCUCGCAUCGUCUCCAUGCCCUGCUUCGAGGCUUUCGACCUCCAGGACAAGGAGUACCGCCUCUCUGUUCUCCCCGACGGUAUCCCCUCUCUGUCCAUUGAGGUCAUGAGCACCAUGGGCUGGGAGCGCUACACCCACGAGCAGUUCGGUAUCAACCGAUUCGGUGCUUCUGGUGCCUACAAGGACGUCUACAAGAAGUUCGAGUUCACCCCUGAGGGUGUCGCCAAGCGUGCCGUCGCCACCAUCGACUUCUGGAAGGACGUCCCCAACGUCCGAUCCCCCAUCAACCGUGCUUUCCAGCAGAUCAUCUAG